AUGGAGGCCUUCGAGACAUACCAAACUCCACUCUCGAGCCGAUAUGCGAGCAAGGAGAUGGCAAAUCUGUUUUCUCCUGCUAAACGCUUCUACACCUGGAGGACUCUGUGGUUGAACCUUGCUAUUGCGGAGAAGCAACUCGGACUUCCCAUUUCCGAUGAAGCGAUUGAGCAGAUGAAGGCCAACUUGGAUCUAACUCCCGAACAAUUCGAAAUCGCGGCCGCAGAGGAGAAAAAACGGAGACACGAUGUUAUGGCGCAUGUCCACACCUUUGGCCAGGUUGCCCCAGCUGCCGCUGGAAUCAUCCAUCUAGGAGCUACUUCUUGCUACGUCACUGACAAUGCGGACCUGAUCUUCCUUCGCGAAGGACUCGGAUAUCUUAUUCGCGGUCUCGCGGUUCUCAUCUCGCGCCUCUCAGCAUUCGCAGCACAGUAUCGUGAUCUUCCGACACUUGGUUUCACCCACUUCCAACCUGCGCAGUUGACCACUGUCGGCAAACGAGCUACCCUUUGGAUCCAAGAGCUUCUGUGGGAUUUGAGGAACCUCAAGCGCGUGCGAGACGAUAUUGGCUUCCGUGGUGUCAAAGGUACUACCGGCACACAAGCCAGCUUUUUGGCGUUGUUCGAUGGGGAUCAUCAAAAAGUUGAAGAGCUGGAUGAGCUUGUCACUAAGUUGUCUGGGUUUGAGUAUGCUUACCCAGUGACUUCGCAAACCUACUCUCGCAAGAUCGAUGCAGACGUUUUGGCUCCUCUUGCCUCCCUCGGCGCCACAGCUCACAAGAUCGCCACUGACAUCCGGCUCCUGGCCAACUUGAAGGAAAUCGAGGAGCCUUUCGAGUCGACUCAAAUAGGCUCGUCUGCCAUGGCGUACAAGCGCAACCCCAUGCGCUCCGAGCGUGUUUGCAGUUUGUCCAGGCAUUUGAUGGUCCUCCACCAAAACGCCCUCAUGACCUCCAGCGUACAAUGGUUCGAAAGGACUCUGGACGAUAGCGCCAACCGUCGUAUUACUCUCCCCGAGGCAUUCCUGACCGCAGAUAUCGUCCUAUCGACGCUGCAGAACGUCUCCGAGGGAUUGGUUGUCUACCCCAAAGUCAUCGCCCGCCGCAUCUCGCAGGAGCUGCCCUUCAUGGCCACUGAGAAUGUCAUCAUGGCUCUUGUUAAGAAAGGAGGUGACCGUCAGGAAGCUCACGAAAAGAUUCGCGUCCUAUCCCACGAAGCUGGUCACCAAGUCAAGCAGCUAGGUUUGGAGAACGACCUAAUCGAGCGCAUCCGCGCAGACCCAUACUUUGACCCCAUCAAAGACGAUCUUGACUCUCUUCUGGACCCAUCGAGCUUCAUCGGUCGCGCUCCUCAGCAGGUCGACUCUUUCCUUGAGAAGUGGGUCAAACCUGCGUUGGAAGACCCCGAGAUCAAAGCUGCCAUUUCAAACAGCAAGAAGGUUGAUUUGAACGUUUAA